UGAUGCUGGCCGCGCGCUCCCUCCGCAGAGCAUGGCUUGGCUGGGCUGGCGGCUGCUGCGGCGGAUUCGAGCUCUGCCAGCCGCUCUCGCCGCUUCGUGUCGCUGGGCCCUGAGCAACGUCUUUGGCCGCUUGCCCCAAAUGCCCAUGGCUUUGGCCGGCCCCCUGCUGUUCCGCAUCGGGUAUAAUCUCUAUGCCCAUACCCGGCUGGGCUACCUGUUCUACAAGCGUCAAGUGAAGAAAGCACGGGAGCGGUAUCCCCAAGGACACUCUGUUCCCCAGCCCGUGGUGUUCAGUGGAGUGAAGAUUCUGCCCAUCCCUGUCCUCUCCAAUAACUACAGCUACCUGGUUAUUGACACUGGCUCAAACUGCGCUGCAGCUGUGGACCCCUCUGACCCUUUGGCAAUACAGUCUGUCAUUGAGCAAGAGGGAGUGACGCUGGAGGCCAUCCUAUGCACUCACAAGCAUUGGGAUCACAGCGGGGGGAACGCAGCACUACUGCGGCGGCACAGCUCCUGCAGAGUCUAUGGCAGCAGUCAUGAUGACAUCCCUGAACUGACAAAUCCCCUCUCGGACAAAGAGACUGUCACAGUUGGACGCUUGAACUUCAAGGCCCUCUUCACUCCUGGACACACGGUGGGGCACAUGGUUUAUGUACUGGAUGGGAAACCUUUUGAAGGGCCAGCCUCUCUCUUCUCAGGAGAUCUCCUCUUCCUCUCUGGCUGUGGUCGGAUAUUUGAAGGGACGCCAGAAACAAUGCUGGCCUCGCUAGACACGGCAGCUGACCUUGCUGAAGACACACUGCUUUGGCCAGGGCAUGAAUAUGCUUUAGAGUGCCUAAUGUUUGCAAGCCUUCUGGAGCCGAAUAACCGUUUCCUGGAGCAGAAGUUACAGUGGGUGAAUCAACAGAGGGUUGAGAAGAGAAGCACGUGUCCUUCCACCAUUGGCGAAGAGAAACAAUACAAUCCUUUCUUAAGGACCCAUUGCCCAGUGGUGCAAGAAGCCAUGGGCCUGCAACACCAAAAGGAUGAGGACUGGGACAUCUUCCGGGCCCGGGUGCUGAAGGAAGUGCGACUGCGGAAGGAUGUCUACAAAGCGAACUUGUAAUCAGGAUGGUGCAUUGCUGGAGCAGGGUGUACCCACGUGCAAGGGGCCGAGCAGGGCCUCUGGAAGGAGGAGUCUGGUCCCAAAGUGGGCUCUACCCUACUGAGGAGAGAUCUACUGGGAUGCUGGCCUUUCCCAUGGCAUGAAGUGAAGGGCGAAAUUGAGGAUCAAGCUCGUUGAGCCCUUCCCCUCCCUUUCAGAAAGUCCGGUGUAACAGGAAGAAUGGGACCUGCAGCCUUUGAGUAAAGGUGUCGUCUCACGGAGGGUUUAGUGGAUUUUUAUAAAGUGCAACGUUUGUUGGUGUCUCAUAUGUGCCCUGUUGUUUUGUAGCCCACCUGCUAUGGGGGGGAAGGGGGAUGGAGCAGCAUAGGGUGAAAAGUGGACAAAAUGCUGAAAUACGCAUCAUUAUUUUCAAAAAGUGUACUUCUGCUUUAUGCGUGCCUGCCUAUUCCUAGCUUGGGGGGAAUCUCCCAGGCCUUGUGACAGAAGCACAAUUCCAACACUUUCUUGAAUUGUCCAGGCGACUGGUGCAUACAUCUCAAAACAAAGGUUCUGUUUGGUCUUCCAACUGCUGCCUAGCAAAUGCCUUCCUACUUCCUGGUACCUCCUCUUGGGCAGCUGAGCAUUUUUCAAGACUGCCUACAUCUGGAGAGAGAGAGAGUGAGGGAGAGAGAGAGGUCCUGUUGUUUUACAUAUUCAGCAUUGCUCCUUCUCUUCUCACUCCUGUUAACAUUACUUUUUCAAAACUCUGCAAUGGAGCAGAUUGGCGUAUUCCUAGGAAGUAGGCCAAGCCAGGAUUUGUGGUCCAUGAUCCCGAAAGACAGAUUUUCAGGCUUGCGGAUCAUCUGGCACUUUUCCAACUGCCCAGAGAAGCGUACGCUCUUGUAGGAAUGUGUAACGUCCGGGUCAAAAAUAGCUCUCCUUCCCACAGGAGUAGGAGAAUGGAGCCAGGGAGGCAUGCUUCCUCCUCCCUCUGAAAAUACGUUGCCCGCCCGUUCCCAAGGGGUGGCCCUUAGCAUGGACACACGGCUUCCUUCCAGGAGAGACUGUAAAUCAACAUUGCGGGGGGCGUUUUAAUUGAAGUUUGGCCCUCAGCAGUGUGCCCAUAUGGUUGGCAUUUGUAUGCAUAAUGUAAUGUAUGUAAGUUUGGCUCCUAUUACCCUAGUGUCUGUCAAUAAGCAGAGGCUGGGGAAAAAACCCUUUUUACUCAUCUGAGAUUUUAAAAAAUGCAAUAGGAAAUAGCACUAUACAGUUCAUUUUUUAUUCUGUAUUUUUGCUUUUCUUUGGCUUGUGUGUUUUUGGGGUACACUUCACAUUUCAGUGUAUGUAGUAUCUUGGAUACUACAAAUGUUUGACUGGUGGUUGUGGUUGUUUUGGAAGACUUGUAAUACUUGUAAAGAAAGAAAUGUUGUUGUGAAAUUAGAAUAGGGCUACUGUUUCGAUUUGCACCUUCAGUUUUGUCAAAUGUGGCAGCUUUGUAGCAUAAGCAAAACAAAACUGAGAACGAAGGCUUGUGAUGGGUGCCUUUACUUUGUUUAACCUCAAGUAGGCGAGAAAUGGCUUUCUUUUUUAGAGAGCCUCUAAGAGGUUAGCUGUCACUUUCAACACAACCCUCUUGUGCUGUGAAAUGGGCCUACACACAGGCUUUGCUUUACAGGAGGCAAGAUGAAGUAGGAGGAGCUGAAUAUCGGGCCAUGGAACCCGUGGCGUUGAGGCUGCAAUCGUGCACACACUUACAAGGGAUUAAACCCCACUGAACACAGUGGGACUUGCUUUUGAGCAAACUUGCAUGGGAUUGCACUGUUAAAACACCAAAGCCGAACGUUGGUAGGAGAUGCACUUGUCUGCAGGAGGUCAGGCAUAGCAACAGGUCCUGGAAAAGUGGCAGCUCCAGUGUCUCAGUGGAAUGUGGAAUGAAAAUCAGAUUUGUAGGCCUCACUCAAGACCUGCCCAGUUGCCCCUAGUGGAUUGUCCCUUCUAGCAGAGGGACUGAGCAAACAAGAAGCACAGGGUAGCUCUGCUUCCCACUUCUGCCUGGAUAGGGCAGGGAUGGGGAACCUUUUUCCAUAGAGGACCAGAUUUCCACCCGAGGAACAUCCUGGGGGCUGCAAGCCAGAUGUGGGCAUGGCCAGAGCCCCAAAUAGGCAUGGCUACCUCAACCGCACCAGCCAUCCACACCUCAUUCAUUCAUUCUUUCCCAGCCCAUGGAUCACCUGAGGAGGUGGUGGUGGGGAUUUCUUGGCUCCCUUUCUUGUUGCUGAGAAGGGAUAAGCUCUAUGGCCAGCUGCGCAUCAGAGAUAAGAGCUUUCCCCUACUCUGUGGAGAGGGGACCGGGCCUGUGGCAGAAGCUAGUGGGCCAGAGGUGGAACUCCUACAGGCUGGAGGUUCCACAUGGCUGCAGUAGGGACUCCUGACCCUGGUUAGGGUGUUGUCGUUUGAGGGGCAAGGUGUGCAGCCCAGACAUAUGCAUGUUGACUCAGAUGUAAGACCCACUGAGUUCAAUGGAGCCUCUUCCCAAGUUAGUGUGCAUAGGACUGCAGCCUUAAUUUGCUCUUAGAAUGUUACUUGGAAGAAGAUGCUAAUGAGCAUCACGAAGGUCAUUUUUAUUAGAAGAAGGGUCAUAGACACCUCUGGAUUAGGGGUGUGUAUGUGUGUUUUCCUCCCUGCUUUUACAAGUGUGGGUCCAUAAACUAUUUUGCACCAUCCUUUUGCAUGUGAGGAAGCCUGUAAGUGGCUUUGUUUGCAUGGCUUUAUCUAUUCUCUUAGUGAUGGUCACGAUCAAAGUUGUUUCCCCCCUUCUCAGGUCUACCCAAAGCCUCUGCUGCCUUGGCCACAGCAUGGAACCCUAUUUAAGGGAUUGUUAAUACUUUCAUACCAACUUUUCUGAAAGUUUCCAGAGAUAUGUAGUGGGUACGGAGCAAACAUGGCUUAUACGAGGGGGUUGUGGGGAGGCUGUAGCUUUCUUUUAAAUUGCUCCUUUUUUUUUAAAAGAGCCGCUAGGACAGGGCAGAAAGUGUUUGGGACUUCACUUUCCAGAAGCCCCUGCCAGCAUGGCCAAUGGUAAGGAAUGCUGGUAGCUGGAAGUCUAAAAUAUCUGGAGAUCUGCUUUCUGCCCAGCCCUGCUCUAGGCCACAUUGUCCAGUGGACAGAGCUCAGAAGCAACAUGACCGCAAAAGGCUUCUAAGUACUUUUUCAUACAACUUUUUCAUACAACUUUGGACAAGUUCAUGGACUUCUUGUGAAUAUCUCUUUUAACUCCCAAUAAAAAUGCCUGCAUCUGCUCCCUCAGUUAUAGACCUGGAGAGCUUUAGGUGGCUGGGGCUGAUGGGAGUUGCAGUCCCAAAACAUCGGGAUGGCACCAGGUUGUCUACCCCUGAGAUAGGCAGGCUAGGAUGCAUUAUUCUUUAUCUGGGUUCUCUUGUUCUUGGAAUCAGUUCACUGUGAACCACUUCAGACACUUGAGCCAGGUGGGGUGUGUCUGUGUUUAGUUAAUGUACUUGAAGACAAUGUGAUCCAAUAUCCAGCUUAUGGCUGAAGGCCCAAAGCUUUUGUAGCAUACACUGCAGAUUUCGUUUGGAUUUUAAAACUCCCAAUAAAUUGAUUGUGGGUGUUUUCUUGAGUUUUAUAAA